GGCAUAUCCCCCUCCCCGACUCCACCUCCUCGACUUUCUGUCGAGCCUGCUUCGCCUGCCUCCCGCCCUCAUCGCUCCCUUCCCGCACGGCCUCUCCCUCCCUCCUCCUUUCCGGAUCCCUCCUCGCCCCUCAUCCUCGUACCUGCCAACUGAGCCAUGUCGGCACCACCGAAGGCUUCCCCGGCCCAACGGGUGCAGGCCAUUGAAUCCCAGAUCAUGCCGAUCCUCGAGGUGGCCAUCCCCACGCAUGCGGACUUUGCCCGUCUUCAGGGACUUCUUGAUGAGCUGAUUGCGGCGCAGGGCGGCGUCAUGGCCCAAUUCGGCCAUCUGUCCUGGGACGCGGCCACCGCCGGCCAACGCUACCACGACCUGGAAGACUGGCUGGAGCGGGACUUUGGUGUGGAUCUGUCUCGGGUGCAUGUGGUCCAUGGUCUGGCCGAGGGGGCUGGCUUGGCUCUCGGCAGCCGGAAGGCCGAUGGUGCCCACAUUUCCGUCUCUCCCGGGGACCCCCUCUUGAGCAUCCCACUGUCGGCCAUCCUGACGGCCGACGGGCUGCUGGCCGGCACCCGGCUGGCCGGCGUGGCGGAGGAAGCCCACGCCACGGUCCCGACGAAUUUGAACAACCCGGCUGCGGUGCAGCUCUUCCGCGACCAUCUCCGUCUGACCAAUGAUCACUCCUUCCGCUUGGCGGUCGGGCUUUGCUUGACGGUGCUGGACAACCUCCAGGGCAGCCCCUUCCUGCCGUAUAUCCGCGCUCUGCCCGGGCCCGAGGCGGCCUGCUGCUUCCUCUUCGCCGGGGCAGCCGAUGCGCAGGCUCUCUUUGAUGCCGGCUCCCCGACGGGCGGCUUGCUGUUUGCCCGCCUGGCCGGGGCCUUUCGCGCCUACCAGUGCUUCCUCCGACUGGCCAGCGGUGCCGGCAAGGCGGCCUCCCCGGGCUGGGCGCUUUUCCGCUGGGCCUGGGCGCAGGUCCUGUCUCGGCAGAAUCUGCUGCCGGUCGGGGCGACCGGCUCCCAUGCGGGGAAUGGCCGUGGUCCCGAGGCACUCCCCUGCCUGGUUCCCCUGUGGGAUUUGAUCAACCACGCUUCGCGCGGGUGCGGGCCGGAGGGCACUGACCGGCCGGAAAUUUCGUCCUUCGUCCAGCAGACCGAGCAAGACCCAGCGCCGAUGUUUGUGUUCCAUGCGCUCUACCCGGCGGCCGGGCAUGGAGCCCCCGUGCACAUGUUCUAUGGGGACCGAUCGAACCGGGAUUUCUGGCUGUACCAGGGGUUCACGGUGCCGGCGCCGGUUGGCGGGCAAUUUGUCCCGCAGCCGACGGCUCUUCUUCGCUUUGAUCUGAACCGCAACGAGCCGCCGGAAACCCUCCGCACGCGAUCCAGCGUCUUGUCGAGUCUGGGCUUCAGCCUGCCGCACUUCUCGGUGGUGGAGUUCCGCCCGGAGAGUGGCUCCAUCCAGGGGAAUGGCCUGCGGGAGGUUUUGGUCCUCUCGAGCAUCUUGGCCCUCGGUCGACCGGAUUUGGAGGAGGCCAGUCGACGGAUCCUGGAGCAUGGGCUUCGGCCGGCCACCGUCCUGGAGGGCUUUGCUCCGGACCAGCCGGAUACCUUUGUGCUUGGGUCGUAUGAGCGCGCGGUGCAGGCCACCCUGAUCCGCGUGCGGCUGCAGCUCAGCCGCAUGGCUCGAGUGGCCGCGGAUAUUGACCUGGCCGAGGCCGAUGACCGACAUGCCUUCCAGGGCAAGCUCCUGGAUGAGGCUCGGGCUGGUCUUGGUGCUGCCUGGCCGGCGCUGUUGACGGCCACCCCGGGCUCGGGGGUCGCCAACAGUCCGUUGCGCAUUCUCUACCAAGAAAAGGAGACUCUCCUGCGCUUGGAGCAGGCCCUGCUGGCACUGAAGGAGGCCUGCCAAUGACCGGCCCAUAGAUGAGGGUCUCUCCGCUUGCGCCCCUCCCAGGCAUGCUCCAUAACAUCGCCCCGGCUCCGACCUUGGUGGCUUUCUAGAUGCCACAUAAAAUCCCCAUGUGUAUGGGCGUGUUUUUGGAAGAACAAAAAAAAACCAAUAAUAAUUACAUAUAUCAUAGAGUGGGUGUAGAUUGUGG